AUGGGACAGUAUCACUCCACAGGUAGCCAGAAGGGCACAGAGUCCAAUGAAGGGGGUUUAAAAGAAAAGGUAGACUACUAUGAACUUCUUGAUGUGCAACAGAGCGCUUCUGGGGAGGAGAACUAUGGAAACUCAGAGUCUGCCACCAAAUUGUUUGCCGAAAUUCAGUCAGCCUAUGAAGUUCUCUCAGACCCCCACGAGAGGACAUGGUAUGAUUCUCAUCGAGACGUUUUUCUUGGGAGCGAUGGAAAUUCUGGGCAGGACUGUUACUCGUACAAUACACGUAUGACAACUUCUAGUGAUAUCCUCAAGCUGUUCGCAAAAUUUAGUCCUCGGAUGGAUUUUUCAGACAAUAAAACGGGGUUCUUCGGUGGUCUCCGUGAGACUUUUGCGCGGCUUGCUCUCGAGGAAGAAACAGCCUCAAAUUGGGACAGCACUGAUACCAUUUAUUAUCCCGGCUUUGGAUCCCGUGAUGAUGACUUUGAAGGGGUCGUCCGACCAUUUUAUGCUGCGUGGAGUGGGUUCUCCACGAAGAAGUCAUACGCAUGGAAAGAUGUCUACCGCUACUCUGAAGCCCCGGACCGUCGUGUCCGUAGACUGAUGGAAAAGGAAAACAAGCGCCUAAGAGAGGAAGGCAUUCGCGAGUUUAAUGACGCCGUCAGAUCGCUUGUGGCUUUUGUUAAAAAGCGCGAUCCACGAUACAAGGCCAAUGCCCAAACUGAAUCACAGCGCCAGGAACAUCUUCGCCAGUCUACUGCUGCACAAGCUGCCAGGUCACGAGCAGUCAACCAGUCCAAGCUACGAGGCCAUGUGACGCCGGACUGGGCAAAAUCAGAGGAGCCCGAAUAUGAUCAAAAUGAUAGCUCCGAUAAUGAAACGGAACAUUUUGAAUGUGUGGUUUGCCACAAAAAUUUCAAGAGUCAAAAGCAAUUUGAGGCCCACGAACGAAGCAAGAAACACCUAAAAGCGGUUAAGCAGCUUCGGUGGGAGAUGCUAGUUCAGGACCAGCAAUGGAAUUUGGAUGCAGAUGCAUCCGAUUGGGGUGAGAACAUCAUAUCACAUGUGGAACAGCAACAAAACACCGUUUUCGAAUUCGACGAUGCUGAUGCUGACUAUGCCUCGAGGGAAGCCGUUGAAGACCGACUUCUUUCAGAAGAACAUGCAAUCCGGGAAGACAAUCAUGACGAAAUAGACACAUUGUCUCACAAUUUCUGUUCGUCGUACAUAAACAAGCCAGCCCCAAUGGCUCUCAGCAAAAUGGGCAAAGCCAAGCAAAAACGCGCCAGGAAGGCGGCCCAGAAAGCAGCGGGAGAACUUACAGGAUUGAAUUGUACAAUUUGCAAUGCUUCUUUCCCUUCUAGGACCCAACUGUUCUCCCAUAUUCGAGAACUUGGGCACGCAGAACCUAUCCAACGUCAAUAUGGUUAA